AUGCACCGGGAGAAGCCGAGGAGAUACGCCCUGAUAAUGGUUGACAUGCCUGGUUAUGGCUUGGGGUCCAGAAAGGACUGGGGGGUGGAGAUUCAGAAAUAUUUGGCGAAAAGGCAGAUGCUCAAGGGAGCGGUGGUGCUGAUUGAUGCCGAGACCGGGGUUAAAGAGCAAGAUAGGAUGGUGUUGGGGAACUUGAGGGAUCAUGAUGUUAGGACUGUGGUUGUGCUCACCAAGGGGGAUAAGGUUGUUGAUGCGGCGGUGGUGGAGCAGAGGAAACAAAAUGGGGAGGGAAAAGGGGGGGCGGAGGAGAGGAUAGGGGAGGUUUUGGUGGGGGUUUGGAAGGAACUGAGGAGAGCAGAGAGGAGGAGUUUGACUUGGUUGGAGGGAGGGGACAAGGGGUGGGAGAGGGAGGUUUGGGUUACGGGGGCGGGGGAUCCGAGGAAUGGGGGGUUGGGGGUUGAGACGGCUAGGUGGGCGAUUUGCAGGUUGGCUGGGUUGGUGGAGGAUAAGAGGAAGAUUGUGGUGCCGGGGUUGGAUGUCGCGGUCGGAAAGGGGAAGAAGGAGGUGGUGGAGGUGGAGCAGGAGGAGCCCGAGAUUGUUUCGUUUGAUGAUAUUGAGGCGUUGAUGGAAAGGGAGAAGGCGAGGCCGAAGAAGAGGCUUCAUCCGUCGUUUUGA